CCGAAAGCCAGUCCUGGCUAAGAUCUGCGUGCUUCCUUCAUUCGCUAUCCAUAUCCAACGUCCGCAGCACCCGUCAGUUUAUACUGCACUUGUAGUCGCGAGUCGAGUCAGUUGAGAAGGAGACCAAGCAAUGACCUCCCCGCCUCGUCGCUCUACAAGUUUCGGCAUGUUACUACGACGUAGCAAAAGCAGCGACCUGAAAAGGCAGCAGGCCGCUAGGGAGCAGGAGCUCCAGCGCCAACGUGAUGCCAUCCCCAAGUCUCCGCCGCGCCUUCCCGUUCUCUACAAUGGGGCCCCCGCCCCCCAACUUGGACUCGGUGGCGAGGCCCGUCCCGACUCUGUCGCGAUUGUUUCUGGCAAAGCUGAAGAAUUCUCGGGUCCCGCGCCCCGGCCUUCGAUGGAACCAUCGCGCUCUACAAUCAAUAUUCCCGCGCCCCCGAUCCCCUACGGUGGUUUUGACCCCUAUGCGCAUACCGGCAGCAUGGCACACCGUGGCCGGUAUAGCUAUGCGAGCAGCGCCGUAAGUACCAUCAACAGCCCUAGAAGGGUGCGCAGGAGGAAGGACCCUACUCCCUUCAACAUUCUCAUCGUUGGUGCCUCGAAUUCCGGGAAGACAUCCUUCCUCGAGUUCCUCAAGACGGCCCUUGCCCUCCCCGCAAAGAAGCGAUCCAAAAACACGAUGGAGCAGGAGGAUCUUCCUAGGGCGCCACCUUCCGGGAACUUCAUUCCUCACUACCUAGAGACCGAGAUUGAUGGCGAACGUAUCGGUCUGACUCUGUGGGAUUCCGAGGGACUGGAGAGAAAUGUGGUGGACCUGCAGCUCCGCGAGAUAUCCAGUUUCCUCGAGGACAAAUUCGAGGAGACCUUCGCCGAGGAAAUGAAGGUUGUGCGCUCUCCCGGCGUACAGGAUACUCACAUCCAUGCUGUCUUCCUCAUCCUCGAUCCCUCGCGGCUUGACCGGAAUCUCGCAGUCGCAAAAGCCGCGGCGGCGAACGGACAGCAUAAUGGCGGGAGGCAUUACCCGCAUGCUCGUAUCCUGGGCGGUCUGGACGAGGACCUUGAUCUGCAGGUGUUGCGGACGCUGCAGGGCAAGACGACUGUGAUUCCAGUCAUCUCAAAGGCCGACACCAUUACCACCAAGCACAUGAGCAUGCUGAAGCGAACCGUUGCAGAGAGCCUCAAAAGGGCAAAUCUAGAUCCGCUGGAGGCCCUCGGGCUCGACGACGAGGGCGACUCGACUGCUGAUUCGAGCAAAAUUGUGGAAGAGUGCGAGGACCAAGCCUCGGAACACGGUGAAGCGGAAAAGGGCGAGGAGGAGGAGCUGCCAAUCCAGGGGGGAGAGACGGAAGACCCGGAAGAGACGGAGCCCGAGCCCAAGCGACUCUCCAGUGGUUCCGUCCGUCGACACAAGGCAUCAGAGGAGAGUCUCAAGGAGGACGAGGUACCCUUCUUGCCGAUGUCAAUACUGAGCCCGGACAUCUACGAACCUGAGGUGGUCGGCCGGCAAUUCCCGUGGGGCUUCGCCGACCCUUACAACGAGGAGCAUUGCGACUUCCUCCGCCUCAAGGAGACGGUGUUCAGCGAGUGGCGUGGCGAGCUCCGUGAGCUCAGCAGGGAGCAGUGGUACGAGGGCUGGAGAACAAGCCGACUUAAGCAGCAUGGAGCGAAGGCACAUCGGUAGAAACGGUGCAAGUAAAGGACAGAACGGCGAGCCUGUUUGCUGCUUGGUGUCGAAUAUUCUCUCCUGAGGCCAGUCAACCUUUUAUCCCUCGCGAUCGGCAGGAGCGGAGCCGGAUGCCAGCGCCUCAUUCCAACCAUCUUCACGAUCUUUAUAUCCUUCAACCACUGAGCCCAAGUCGCGAGGACAUAUACCCAGCUCGGUUUUCCU